AUGUCGGGCGUAGAGACAAAGAAACGAAAGAAGGUGGAUAGCGGGGGAAGUUCUAGCACUGCAAAACUAUUUGUGGAUAAAGAUGCUAAGAAGAGGUAUGCUUUAUUCAUUGUUAAAUGUCCUCUGUUAAUUGAGCGAGGUGUUUACCUUGAUGAGUUUGUAGGUAGUGUGGAUUGCCCUGAAAUACUUCGAAGUCGGAAAUGGGAACCUCUGUUUGAGGUGAGUGUGGAAGAUAAAUCGUAUGUUGAUCUGGUGAAAUUUUUUUAUGCAAAUGUUCAAGAAUACAAAGAGAAUGAGCUGACAUUUAAAUCAUUGGUUAGGAAGACAUCCAUCACUGUUUCGCCUGAUCUUAUUUCAAAUAUAUUAAAAAUUGAUAGAUCAUACAUUCCUGAGAAUGCCAUUGUCUUUCCAUAUUCAAGUAAGGAGCAUGUUCCCAAAAUGGCGAGAGUUAUUCAAGAUAAACAGGGGUGCCGCACGACUGAAAUGACCCCAGUUUUUGGAUUCAGUUUUAAUUGCGAUGCCCUUGGGCAGAGAUGUCGGCUUUGA